AUGUUGGUCUCGGCGACGCGGGGCUUCCGCGCUACAAGCACAUCACGGACACUCUUGUCUACAUCAGCACCUCGUCUAGCAUCCUUGCAGUCACGGUCCCACUUGACCUACCUUCGAGGACCGCACGCGCCUGGCCCACUUUCGACCUCGAGACCACCCACACUCGCUUCUCGCACCCUCGCAUCCUUCGUCGGUCCCUCUGGCACCAUCCCCGAGCCCAACGCGCUCCAAGUCACCGACCCGCUCCUCAUCUACCGCGCCAAGGUCGCACGGGGCGAGCUCGAAGAAGACGAAGAGCAGCUCCGCGCGCUCGUCGAGCUGCGUCGCAUCAACCGCACUUUACGCGAUUACGUUCCGCCCGCACAUCUCCUGGGAAUUCUGCAUCACGACACCCAGUCUGCCUCCUCUGCCGCCCUCGCCAGCGCUAUCGACUCGCGGCUACGUCCGGGUGCAAAGGAGUUUCGCGAUGAACCUUCAGCCAAACCGUCCGGCGAGAAUAUCGGAGAGCUCGUCCGUUGGCUUAGCGAGAGCGAGGGUCUUGCGGAAUUGGGCACGCCAAAGGGGCUGCUCAUCACCGGCACUCCGGGGACAGGAAAGAGCAUGGUCAUGGACAUCUUCUUCGAUUCGUUGCCUACAAAAUACAAGUUCCGGCGCCACUACCACCAUCUCCUGCUCGAUCUGUACAAGAUUAUCUGGGAGGAAGCAGAGCGACGACGACUAGCGGUACGUCAGGGGACACCACGCGCCACAGCAACGCCCGAGAUCGGGACCGGGGCGAUAUGGCAGCGCGAUCCAGGGGCACCCAAGAGCGCAUCGGCGUGGAGGCGCGCCUUGCGGGGGAUGCCGUUCUUCCGACCCGACUCGCUCGCCGAUGGCAACAGCGAGCAGCUGCAGUACAUCCCAGGCCCAGACGGCGACGUGGUCAAGACGACACUCCCGCUGCAUGCCGCCGCGCAUCUGUUCCUCAAUCACGGCCACAUUUUGCUCUUUGACGAGAUCCAGCUGGUGGACGUCGCCAGUGCUGGACUGUUGCGAAGGACGCUCGAGGCGUACUGGAGAUUGGGUGGUGUGGUGAUCGGAACGAGCAAUCGGAUCCCCAAAGAUCUGUACGCGAGCAAUGUGCAGCGUGGACAGCUGACGCAGUUCCUCGAGAUCCUGCAGGAACGUUGUCCCAACCACGAGAUGCGACGGAGUCGAGAUUUUCGCCGGGAACCUUUCUAUCGACAGGAAUGGUUGGAGCGCAACCAGGAGGCUGAUUCCGAGCAUCCUACCGCGGAAGCCAGCGAACCAACACCGACCCAACCACAAACAUCUUACUUCCUCCGCAACGAGGCUGACAAGUAUGAUUCCCUAGUCAGCAGCAUCAUCGCUGGUCGCACCUCCACACCUACCACCCUCAACGUCUACGGUCGGCGACUCCUGGUCCCACGUUCUAUCCCAGCCAACGAAACCCACCCCUCCGUCUGCCGCUUCCACUUCUCCGAACUGUGCGAUUCGCCCCUUGGGCCGGCAGACUACCUCACCCUCGCCUCGACGUAUCACACGUUCAUCCUCGAGGGCGUACCGCAGAUGACGCUGAUGCAGAAAAACCAAGCGCGCAGGAUGAUCACGUUGCUGGAUGCGGUGUACGAGGCGGGGUGUCGGUUGGUCGUUCUGGCCGAUGCGGGACCGGACGACUUGUUCUUCCCCGAUGCGGAGGGGGCUGCUCGCCACGCGGCGCGUGGACCUGCUGCUGGACCUGGUGACGUUCGUCCCGAACUGCAAUACACUGCUCACGAAGACGUCGUUGACAUGUCCACUAAAGGCGGUCGAUCACCCUUUCUCACCCCGCCUCCCGGGCAAGGCUAUCCGGAAGAGGAGGAGCUAGCAAGACACAAGGCGGGACAAAGGGUCGAUUUCAGCGCAGACGAAUUCACAUCCGAGUCCCUCAUCAUGGCCGAAACGCUCUCCGAAGCGAUGCAGGAUACCGAAGAGGGCUUUCGACCGAAUAUCUCGGCCUACUCGUCCGACCGACCCUCCCGUUCCCCCUCUUCCUUGCCCAAGGACGACAAGGUCGGUUUCAAGCAUCUAGCCAUCUUCAGUGGCGAAGAUGAACGGUUUUCGUACCAACGCGCCGUGUCGCGGUUGUUUGAGAUGAGUCAUCCCGACUGGAUGAGGCGGAAGGGGUGGCGGCCGUUCCUCGGGGGCGAAAUGCAGGCUUGGGCCGGCACGAAGAAGGUCGAAGAAGCGGUAGGGAAAGUGGUGGUGGCGAAUGAGUUGAAUGAGGCACAACGGCAUCUGGAUCGGGCGGCGGAGGCGGCGGUCAAGCUGUCUUCCUCGUCAGCAGGAGCGUCCGCAGACUCUCCGGCAAGGUUCGUCGAUCCCAGCGGUGAUUUUGCCGAAGAAGCGUCGUACGAGACCGCCUCGUUCCCCGGGCGACGGGAGGCACAGACAAAGCUCGAGCGCGAAAUGGAGCAGUGGUCCGCAAAACAGCAACAGGCAGCCCAGGAACAGCAAGGGAAGAACAAGUACGAAGCACCGGACUUCUCGCCCGGUCCGAUCGGCAAGAAGCGCAAUCGGGAUCAGGGCCCACCGGUUCUAUCCGAAGCGCACGUGUGGGGGGUUCGGGAGGACUGGGGCAAGAAAGCGGGUGCUUGGGGUCGAGGCUCCUCGAUCUUUGCUGACGACACUCCUUCCAACGGAGACAAAUCUGCUCAUCCAACGAAACCACUUCGUCGGCCCAGUCCGUCUUCGAGCAGCAGCGGUGGUGGCAGCAAACGCAAGUUCAGCACCACCUCCCUGCGCAGCGCGCAGACGCUGAAUCACUAUACGACGCUCCAGAUUCCCCGCAGUGCCACGCAGGCACAGAUCAAAGCGCAGUUCUACAAGCUCUCCAAGGAACUUCAUCCGGACGUCAACCCGUCUGAAGAUGCCAAGAAGCGGUUUCAAGAGGUGUCGGAGGCGUAUGCGACACUGGGUACGCCGGCCAAUCGCAAGUCGUACGAUCGGGCCUCUCAACCGUCGGCCGGUGGAGGGGGGUAUGGCGAUAAUGUCGGUGGUGGGGGGUACCACUACAAUGCGGAGGACAACGCCAACCGUCGAGCACGCGCGACGUACGCAUGGGACUACCAACGUCGACGCAAAGCGCAGGAGACCUCAUCCCAAUCACAACGAGCCCACUCAUCCAUCUUCAAUCGCGCCGAGACCAUGGGCGCCGGUAGUGGGGAUACGGCGUUCGAAACGCUAGCUGCGCAACAGCGCGCAAGGGAAGAAAGAAACCGCGCCAGACAAGCCGGCAGCGACGCGUGGAGCAUGGAGGAUAAGGCGUACCAGAACGAUGUCAGCAAUCCGUUUGUCAGGUUCGGACAGGUGGUCGUCAUGUUGUAUCUGGUGUACAAGGCCGGGACGAUGUUUGUUGGUGGGGAGAGGAGGGAGAAUAGAGCUGGGAGGAGGACGUGA